AUGACCCCAACGGUCUAUGGGCCCACUUCAACAGGGUAUGCUUCAGCUCCGUCAGCCCCAUUUUUUGGGUACGGAGUGGCACCCAUCGGGUACAGUGCUGCUCUCGAUGGAGCCCAACCUCCUCAAGCCGGAGGAGCUAAGGCAAGCAUAAAUCCUUCUCGAGGAAAAAGAUCGGGCAAAGGUCAGAACCAAUCCGAGCCCUCAAAAACGGGAAAAAUGGGAUACGAGCCCCAGUACAUGGAGUAUACCAACCUGUUGGACACCUGGGAAAAUAUCUACCUGGCAAUGGGCAAUGUAGUCCAUUACCGUAAGCCUGCCCCCAUUUUGAAAGGGGGAAAUAAUUCAAGGGACACCAGCAAAAGGUGCGCUUACAACAAGGACGUGGGUCAUUCGACCGAAGAAUGUCGUCAGCUGAAGGACAAAAUUGAGAACUUGAUCAAAUUGGGGCAUCUCCAUCAAUGGAUAGGGAUGCCGACAGGAGUUCUGGGACUGUCAGUAGCUCUUGAACAACCUAUGGCCCCAGGUGCACCUUGGUUGUACCAACCUCCUCAGGGAGGGUACGCUCCAAGUUCGGGAGCACAGGCCCCCCAGGCAGCCCCAAUAGUGCAAACACAUGGACCUGGAAUGUUGUAUCCUCCCGGAACCACGCCUCCACGGGUAGAUGGACAUGUGGCCACUAUAUCAGGAGGCCCGCGUCUGGGAGGACCAUCCCGGUAUGAUCACAAAAGAUACCUCAGUGAGCUCGACCAUGACCACGAGGUAUGUGCCUUGGUCCAAACCCCAACGAAGCGCUUGAAAUUGAUGAACCUGCCCAUCACAUUCAUGGAAGAGGAUGCCCGGAACGUUCAUUUCCCGAAUCAUGACCCCUUGGUAAUUGUUGCCCAAAUAGCCAACAAAAGGGUAUCCCGAUUUUUGGUGGAUGAUCGAAGCUCUGCUAAUGUACUGUUCAAGUCGACCUUCAUAGUGAUUGGCCUGACAAAGGCAGAUCUGGCUUCCUGGCCAACACAAAUCUACGGCUUCAAUGGAGAUUCAUUGAUCCCGAUGGGUAAGAUUCAACUACCCGUGACGUUGGGGAACGGGGCUCAGGCCUCUUUCAAGUAUUGUACUUUUGUAGUGGUGGACUGCCCCACUGCAUACAACGUGAUUUUUGGCCGUCCCGCCUUGGUACUAUCACCUCCAUCCGCCACCUCUGCAUGA